GACUGGAAGACUUUGAAUGGUCGCUGGCAGUUUUGCAUCCAGAAGAGAGAUGCCAAAGAUCCCACAGCCUUCGAAGGCAACAUCCUGGUGCCCUUCUCCUUGCAGUCCCCUCUUUCUGGGGCCUUAGAUAGUUUGAGCAAUAAGAGAAAGCAACAGCUGGGGCUUUCUGGGCCCCCCUGCGCCCCUGGCCUCAGCAAACGCUACGAGCUCUGGUACCAGCGUGGCUUGGAGCUUCCCCAAGCAUGGAGGGCUCAAGUUGCCCAAGGGAAGUGUGUGGUGCUUCAUAUUGGCGCCUGCGACUACACUUGCCAGGUGUUCGUGAACGGCACGGCUGUUGGGAAGCCGCAUGUGGGCGGGAGCACCGCCUUCGAAUACGACAUAACUGGGGCCUUGUCGAGUAACCCUGUGGAUGUGUUGUUGAUCAAGUGCAGCGAUCACGAGGAGAAGGGAGCCAAUGCCAUGGAGCUCAGGGGGAAGCAGCUGGUGUCAAAGGCUUACAGAGGCCCAGGCCCCCACGUACCCACCUUGUACUCCAACGUCACUGGCUUUUGGCAGUCUGUUUGGAUUGAGCUGGUGGGGCCCCGGCGAUUGCGCAGAGUGCACUGUGUACCUCGCUGCCUUGGCCGGGUCAGCGAAGCAGCCGCGUGUCCUUCAAAGAAGUCUCCGCGGGCGUAG